GGACGUACAACAUGACUCCUGCUGACCAAACAUUGCUGGUGGUCGUGUGCUGAGAACUCAUCAUUACCUGUAGAAGCAAAUUCCAGAGCGGUGAAGGGGUUGAUAGGAGCGUCGUGAUCAGCAUCAGGAUGAUAAAUAUCACAGUCAACUACGUCGUGUUAUUUGGCAGACGUAUCACUAGUACUACGAUUUAAAUAAACAAUCACCUACAUUGGAAUGCUGAUAACACUUCAACACUUCAUCCGCUGUGGAAAUACACGUACACUGUGUCGUGGAUAUAUUGGAUGAGAGUGUACUCAUGUGAGCAACAUCACAAUCAAAUAAGGUUGUGGAGCGGUUAUGACGUAUUGUGGCUUCCUACUGCUAGGAGUUUGUGGACUUGCUCGUUAUCUCUACCCAACCUCGAUCAUCCUGCGGUUCUACAGAGAGCUAAGCUCAGUAACCCACGCUGUAGGCCUGCUCUGCCUGGCCCUGGUCUCACUGCAAGUUCACAACUUGAUAGAGAUCCCGGACACUAAUCCUUCUCCUCACGUCCUACUCCUCCUCUCCUUCCUAGCUUCAAGGUUACUUUUCGGAGCUUGGUUUGACGAUGUGAUGACGAAAUUCUUGUGGGCUUCUAGUGCUCUCAUAAUGUUCUACACAGCCAUCAAAGCGCGACAUUGGCUUGAAAUGAUUGGACCUACUUUCCUCUUCACUUCAUUCUUCACCUUCUAUUUUAACCGGACGUUUACUGAUAACAGAGUGAUACUAGGUAUCAGUGAUCUGGUGUGGUACUUACUCCUCCUGAACAUUUCCCUUCUUCUUAUUGGUCACUCUCUGUUCGCUGUACACGAUCACUGAGAAACAUUUUCCUUCACUGUGUCCAGGGAUUAAAGUUUAUAUAGAAUCGGCUAUUUCAGAACCCAUAAAGUGUAAGGGUGUUUCAAAGUGUGUUUUCAAGUUCAAUUAUUAUUCCUUGUAUAAUUGUCUAUUAAUUUCUUUGAUUCUUUUUUGUUGAUCAUGAUCUCACUUACACUACGUACUACUACUUUGCGUUGAUA